AGCGAAAUUAACAGUAGUGCAGUAUUGCUUCUUAACGAGAAAUAUUUAUUAAAUAAAAAAAUAAAAAUAAAACUAAUAUAAACAUGUUAAAAUUGCGUUUAGUUUUGAUCGUAAUUGUGGCCACCAUUAGUGUUGUACUAAUGUCACAAUCUGAGGCCAUCAAUGUCAGCCAGAUUGAUAGUUUGAAAAAACAGUUCCUACCAGCAGAAUAUAGAAAUACUAAUUUUACAUUUGAGGACUUGAAACGGGUUUUCAAAGAAAAAUGCAAAAAAGCUUCAGGAGUUGACAAUUCAACUCUUUAUCAAGAAGUUGAAAAAGAGGCUCUUAAAUUUUCAAAAUGCCUUUCCGGUAUUGCUAACUUAACUGCUUUGCAAGAAGAAAUUGAGGUAGCUCGUCCCAUUGGUGAAUUGGAUACAGUCUUUCACAAAUACUGUCUGAAAGCUCCAGAGGGAGAAAAAUGUUUCAAAGAAUUUAACACGGCUGUCCAGCCCUGCCUAAGCAAAGACGAGAAAGCUCAAAACGCUAUAAUGGUGCGUAUUUUUACCGGCUUAUUGAGUUUCAUGUGUGCUCGUGGUGGUGAUCAAAUUGCUUUGUUUGUGGCCGAAGAAGGACCCGAAUGUUUUGAAGCCAAUAAGGAAGCUAUUACUCAUUGUGCCAAUAAAUCUUUUAGUGAAUUUGUUCCCAAGGAUAAUUCAGUGCCAGAUUUAUUCAAUUUACCUGAUUUUGUUGUGGAGCCAGAGCACUGUAUAGAUUUGGUGAAAUUUGAAACCUGUACUCUGCACCAUUUGGAACAGUGUCAAGAAAUAACGCCCGCCAAUGUGGCAGAAUCCGUCUUCAAAUUCAUUAAGAAUGAAACCAGCUGUAAAAGUUGGUUAGAGAAUAAAGCCAAUGAAAGGUCAAUCUUAAAAGAUCCUAAAAAGUCUUCCGCUUCCAUAACUCACUUAAGCAUUUUGUCUUGUUUGUUGGCUGCCUUUGUGGGCUUGUCUUCCAGAUAUUUUGCAUAAAUUGGGUAUGCUCAAUAAACAAAAAGUAGUUUUUAAUUUGUUAAUUGUGAUUUUAUUUCGUUGUUUAGCCUGUAAUAAUAUUUAUUUAU